AUGUUUGUAAACAAACCAAGACCUGUCAAACGCGCGUUGUUCCGAUUCCGAUCGGCAAAGGCUUGUGGGGCGACCAUUCGUUUGUGGAAUCGUUGUUUUCUGUUCCAAAAUUUCCGUUCUUUCGGUCGGAAAAGGCUUCUCGGAGGAGGAUGGAGGGAGAGAUUGAGGAACUGGGCGGUUCGGAGCUGGGAACGAAAGAUUUCUGGGAGAAAAGCUACGACCUGGAGUUGAAAAACUUUCACGACCACGGUGAUUGCGGUGAUAUUUGGUUCGACGAGGAUUGCCAGCAUCGCAUCGUAACCUGGAUCGGCAGGCAGGAGGAUAAGAUCAAAGUGGACGAUUCGAUUAUUGAUUUGGGCUGCGGCAAUGGUAUGAUGUUGAUCGAACUUGCCCAGGAAGGGUUCAAAAAUCUGACCGGCAUCGACUACUCUCCGAAAGCUAUUGAACUGGCCAAAGCGAUUUGUGCCGAUCAGCAGUACCCGUUCAUCAAAUACCAGGUGGCGGACCUGAUGUCGGAGUCGGAGGUGACGGCAUUGGGCAAAUUUAAGGUGGUGCAUGAUAAGGGUACGUACGACGCGAUCAGCAUACAUCCGGAGGAUUCGAAAACGAUGCGCACGAGUUACAUCGCAAACGUGCAUCGGAUGCUGGAGGACGAUGGUCUGUUCAUUCUUACCUCAUGCAACUGGACCGAGUGUGAGCUGGUGAAGAGCUUCGGCGAACUGUUUGAGCUACGAACGGUCAUACCGUCGCCCAAGUUUAAGUUUGGCAACAAAGAGGGUAGCGUGGUGACGUCGAUUGUGUUCGGGAAAAAGCUAUGAUAAUUAUGUGUAAUACAGCGUAAUUUGAAGCCUUACGGUCUCCUGAAAAUUGUGUUUGAAUGGAGCAACCGAUUAACCGGUUUAAGUUGUGGAAAUAAAAUGAAUCCUCUGAAUUAGAGAGCAUGUAAA